AUGGAUCCAUACGCGUCGGCUUCCUCUUCGGCCUCGCCGCUGCCCCCCACCUCGGCGUCCGCGUCCGCGUCCGCCUCGGCAUCGACGCUCGAAGCCCACGCGGCCACCUCCUCCGUCCAUUCGCCCGACCUUCGUCGCCCUGGCAUCGGUAUGCUCAAUGGCGACACGCCCACCUCCUCGUCGCCCUCCCACCACCACUAUCACGUCAGUCGCCCCUCUCAAACCUCGCAGCAUUCAUUCCAGUACCAGCAUCCGCAUACGCAUCCGCAUCAGCACCAGCAUCAGCACCAGCAUCCGCAGCAACAACAGCAUCAACAUCAACAGCAUCCACACCACCACGCUUCCAACCACUCCAUCGGCAGCUCCUCGGGCUUCCGUCACGACUCCACCGACAGCACCCUCACGCCUACCUUUUCCAACAGCAACCUCCACAACGCCUCCCACGGCCUCUUCUCCGACCCCUCCGACCCGCUCCUCCAGCCCCUCAACCCGGCUAAUGCAGCGCCACUCGCAGUCAACGCUUCCAGCCACAUCCUCAUCGCUAGUAUCGUACAGAGGCUCGUCAACAAGCUCCCCUGCAACUCCGGAUGGCGCCUCCAGCUCGUCGAAGAGGACGACCUCGUUCGGUCUUGCGUCGCAAACCUCAUCAACCUCAGCUGCUUCCAGCUCGGCCUCGUCGUCAAGGAGCUCCUCGGCGCGAUCGAACUCCUCGUAAAGCAGUCCUCCCAGCAGCGCCUCGAACAACAGGCCGGCAUCGGCAUGCUCCACUCCCAGCUCUUCAUCCUCAAGGUCCUCGUAUCCUGCCUCAACCACCAGUGGCGCAUCGCCGCCGGCCACGCAAACAGCCCUCGCCCCGGCCUCGAUCCGCUCGCCGCCACCCCUUCCACCGACAGCUCGGCCCACAGCUGGUCCGAUCCACCCGCCAUGGACGACACCCAGGCAAAGCACGUCCUCAGCGUCAUGACCCUCCUCAUCAAGCAGAACGUCGCCAGGGACGACGCCACCUUCUCCUCCAUCCACGACAGCGGCCUCGAUGCCCGCUCCUCCUCCAAAUCCGACUCGGCCUCCUCCCACUCCCACUCCCUCUCCGGCCGUCCACCUCCCUCGGAACGCUCCCUCCGCGACCUCAGCCUGCGCGAUCCCGCUUCCGGCUUCUCCACCACAAAGAGCUUCGCCCACCACUCCGCCUCGCGCCUCACCCGCGACGACUCCGAGCAACGCGAAGACGCAGCCAGCCCCACCGCCGCCGCCGCAGCCGAAAAGCUCCCAGAGGUCUUCAUGCCCACCGCCCUCUGCCUCGCCGCUUCCACCAGCCUCUACGUCCUCUAUCCCUACUUUCCUCCCACACGCUCGCCCUUCGACCAACCUCCCUCCAUCGACAGGGCCGAUCUCGCCAUGGGCGUCGGCGCCUCCGACUCCCAACCAUCCUCAUCCUCCAUGCCCACCAACACCACCACUGACGACGCCCAGUCGGAUCUACUACAACUCACAAAGGGCGCCAGGUUCAACUCCUCCUCCUGGACCAACACCGCAUUCAGUCCGGACGUAGAGGGCUUCGACGUGCCCCAUCACCUCCAGACCCGCAUCUACCGCCUCGCCAGCCAGGUCGUCUUUUACCUCAGCUCCAGCAACUGGGUCGUCGUCAAUGCACGUCUCCGCAAUCGCCUCUACUACCUCAGCUCCACCAUCGAGGACUCGCCCAGCACCGCAGAGCUUCGCCUCCUCGAGUGCUCCAACUUCCAGCGCGCACGUCUCGCAAGCAUCCUGCAGGAGGUCAGCACCUCCUUCCCCCAGCUCAAGCGCAGCGCACAGUACACCGUCGCCCUCGUCCUCCGCCGUGCAAUCUGGUCGUGGAUCCAGUACCAUCCCGCCGAGUUCGCCGCCCUCGUCACCUCCAACCGUCGCUUCGAGGGCAGCCCAGACGUCGUCUUCGACCAGGUCUAUGCGCUCGCCGACACCACCAAGCGCAAGAUCGCCUUUUGGCCCCUCCUCACCUCGCUCCUCAUCCUCUGCCCAGACGUCGUCGGCAAGGCCGCCGUCGGCGAGAACAGAAAGGCGAGCGGCAGCCUCGCAAAGAAGCUCUCCUUCAUCGACGGCCUUCGCAAGUCGCCUCGCAACACCGCCCUCAUCGACGUCGCCGCGCUCUGCUGCGUAGACCUCUUCAAGGCCGCCGCCACCGUGCCGCGCUCCGACAACGGCCUUCGCCUCAUCGUACAAGACCUCGAAGUCGACCUCAAGGAGCGCCUCUUCGAUCCAAAGAGGCCGCUCGCCAGCGGCAACAAGCCCAUCGAACUCAUGCUCAUGGUCGACUUCUUCGCCGCCCUCUUCCGCAUCGAUCCCCAACGCACCACCCGCGAGCUCGUCCCCAUCUGCAUGUCCGAGUCCAAUCCGCUCCACUUCAAGAUCGCGCUCGUCAAGGCCGCAGUGCUCCUCGCCAGCGAGCGACAUCGCCUUCCGUGGGCGCCCGACGUCAGCAUCCUCUACCCGCACAUCUCGCGUCCGCUCCGCGCCUUCUUCCGCGAAAUGACCUACCGCCUCCCGCGCUUCGACAAUCGCGACGCCGCUCGCAAGCGCGCAGCCUCGCGGGCAGCUGCCUCGGCCCUCUUUCGCUCGGCCUCCCUCUCGGGCUCCGCCGCCGCUGCUGCCGCCAGCCUCGACGAAUUGGCUCGCCUCGACUUGUUCCAGUCCAUCGUGCAGCUCUGGACUUUGGACGUGGCCGCGCUCGCACACGCCAUCGACCUCGACCGUCCAAAAGCCUUGACGUCGCUCUCGGGCGGAACGAAGCCCUUCGACCGCGAAAAGGUGCUGCGCAACGCCGUCUCCAUCGACAGCCUCCUCUCCUUCACCGUCUCCAUCUGCUCCGUCUUCGCCACCCCACCCGAGUUCGCUUGCUAUCGCAAAAUCUCCGCCGCCCUUCUCUCGCGCGUCUACCACUCGGGCAUGUUCGACGACUCGCUCGCCGAGUUUUGCGAGCACCAGCGCCACGUCGGCGUCUCGCUCCUCCCCUUCUUCUUCACCAUCCUCACCGAACAGCUCAUGGCCUCCGAGUCGUCCGAGAUGCAGCGCCACUACCUCGAACUCCUCCGUCGCUCACAGCAACGUAGAGGCUUCUUCAUCAGCCAGGAGCGCGACUGGGAGACCACCGCCGCAGCUCCCUUCUAUCCGCCCGCCCAGGAGCGCAAGCUCGAAUACCUCUGGGUCCAGCUCGUCACCCUCCUCCUCAUGUGCUCCAGCGAUACCGAGGUCUGCUCGCGCGCCAUGCAGUGCGCCUACGGCCACGCACAGCUCACCGUCGGCGUCACCAAAUACUACGAUCAGCUUCCCGACGAGUGGCUCCGUCUCUACACCGAUCUCGCCGAUCCCAACUUCCUGCACACCGGUCGCAUCGCUCAGCAGAAGCGCAUCCGCGCCUUGCUCCGCGACAUCGAGGAGCCUUCGGUGGCAGGAUGGCUCGCCUGGAAGGAAGCCUACUCGCGAUGGGCCAGCCUCACUCAGCUCGUGGCCAGGCCCAUCGUCGAAGAUUCCUCAACCGCACAGGACAAGGCCGCCCAGUGGCACAACUACGCCGGCUUCCUCUGCGCCUUUGGCGGCGCCUGCUUUGCCGCUUCCGCGCGCAUCACCUCGGAGGUCGAGCCGAGCGUCGCACAGGUCCUGCCUCAGUUUUCCGACCUCAACGAGCAGCCAGCCACGCUGAUCGAACAUUUCGUCCAGGAGAUGGUCGAUCUGCUCGUCUCCGACUCUCUCUGGGUGCGCGAAAAGGCCAAGGAGACGCUCGGCGUCGAUCUGGGCCCCCGUCUGAUCGGCAUCCUCUUCCGACAGAUCCAUGCAGUCCUUAGCGACUUCUUUGACAAGGACACGGGCUAUCCCAAGACCAGCGAGAUGUACACCGUCUUUGUCGAGCAGAGCAUUGGCGUUGCCACCAUGGUGCUUCACCGCCUCGACGAGGACAAGGCCGUGGUCGCCACGUCCAAGGUCGAUAUCGGCUCGCUCAUGGUGCUCUUUGUCGAGUAUGCCAACUCGCUCGGGCGUGACGAGCAGGCCUUGCGCAUCAAGACUGCCAUGUGUCAGAUGUGCGAGGCCCUGAUGCGCAAGAAGGCCGCCUUCUCGUUCUCAAACGAGCUGCGUGUUCGCAACCGCCUCUUCCAGGCCUUGACCACCUGGACCUCGGACGGAUCCGAGGACGGCUUCCACUCCAACUCGCUCGACGCGCUCGAUCGCCUCCACCGCGAUCUGGACGUGGCCUGCCUCAAGUGCAUCUCGAUCCUGCUCGACAAGCUGCCGCUGCUGCUUGCCGACGAUGCGCUCCUGCUGGAUGACAAGGUGGAGGGCGCCAAGACCCGCCACUUCGCCAUGUACUUUGCCUACUUUAUCAAGAUCCUCAACCGCACCCGACACUCGGAAACGGCGGCCGUCGCGCGUGCCCGCGCUGUCAACGAUGCCCGCUCGCUCGCCGGCGCCAAAAGUGGCAAGGUGGAAUCCGGCCGCGACUUCGAGCCGUUGCGCGAGUCGGCGAUCCUGGCGCUCUCCAACCUCUUGGCUUCGAACAUCGACAGCGGCCUGCACAGCUCGUUGCCCUUGGCGUAUCACGAAGAUUCGCGCAUCCGCACCGCCUUUAUGCAGAUCAUGACCAACGUGCUCAAUCAGGGCACCGCCUUUGACGAGCUCGAGCGUCUCAGUGGAGCGCGCAAGUGCAACCGCCUGAUCGACCUCGUCUGUCAGGAGGACCUGCAGCUGGCACUUUCCGUCUGCCAGGUGUGUCCUGGUCGCGAUGUGGAGCCGAUGAGCGUCCUGCUACUCAGCAUCUUCGAUGCCAAGGGCGGCCUCAUCCGAUUCCUCAAAGCCGCCGUCGAGGAGGAGAUCCAGCGCACGGCGACCGAGGAGAUGGUGUUCCGCAGCAACUCCUUCUGCACCACCCUGCUCUCCACUUUUGCCCGCACGCAUGGCUACGACUACCUCCGCUCCAUCAUGGCGCCGCUCAUCACCGAGUUUGCGCGCAAGCCGGCCGGAUUCUCGGUCGAGAUGGAUCCUUCGCGAGUCGAGCCUGGAGGAAGCGCUCUCAAGAACCAGACGGCGCUCGAGGAGAUCGCACAGGCCUUUAUCGACGCCAUUUGCUCCUCGGCGCAUCGCGUGCCUGCCGUGCUGCGCGAGCUUUGCCGCCACAUCCGCAACGUCUUGGACACGCGCUUCCCUGCCUCGCGCUAUCAGGGUGUCGGAGGUCUCAUGUUCCUGCGAUUCAUCAGUCCUGCCGUCGUAUCGCCCCACAUGAUAGACAUCAAUCUCACCGGACCUAGCAAGGACCUCCGUCGCGGCCUCGUGUUGAUCAGCAAAAUCCUCAUCACCCUCGCCAGCAACAAUCUCUUCUCGAGCCACAAGGAACCCUUCAUGACCGGUCUCAACGACUUUUUGAAGAGCAACGUUUGGAAGGUGACGGCGUUCCUCGAUCAGGUCUCGGACGCUCGCACCGACCCCGAUCGCCUCUACGCUGCGGAUCAACCGCUGGGUUUCGGCAUUCAUCCGACCGUGUACGGCAUCGACGAGCGCGAUCAGAGGAUGCUGCACAAGUUCCUCUUCGAGCACGUUGAAAAGCUCGGCAAGUGCCUCUCGGACCGAACCUCGAAGGCGAACGAGCUGUCGACGUCGGGAGCGGGUGCUGAUCGGGACAGUUUCCUUAGCGGUGACGCUCAGUGGCGACGCAGCCAUGAGGCCAAAAACGUCUACGACGACUUGUGCGACGCUUUGGCCACCGCAGGAGAGCCCAAGGCAGACGAACUUCCCGAACCGGCUUUCGGUGCGAGCAACUAUCAGGACUUCCUUCGUCGGCACGCCGGUCGCACCGUCGACGAGGACAGCUACCGGACCAUCUUCUAUGAAGGUCCGUCGUCGCGAGCCGGUCGUCCAGUGCUCUACUAUGCCAUGCACAAUCAGAAGGCGGACACGAUCGACUUUGAGGGCCUCAUCCUCUACAUCCUUCAGACGCUCGAGACUUUCGCCUAUCGACAGUUCGACCUGGUGUUCAACACGACCGCCUGCCAUCCUUCCAACGUGACGCCCAGCCAGUGGCUCCUCUACUUUAGCUCGUUGGUGCCCGCCUCGAUCUUGGCAAACGUGUUCAACGUCUUCUUCCUCAAUCCCAACACCACUGCCCGCGUCGAGCUGCAAUUCUGGUCUUCGUCCUCGUACGGUGACUCGUCGAUCAAACACGAGAUCGCCGACCGCAUGACGUCGCUGCAGAAAGUGGUCUCCUGCACGACGCUCGCAGACAUCGAGAUGUACGUCGAACCGCGCAAUCUCGCGUUGGACAAGCUUACGCUCGCCAUCCUAGGUUCGACCGCCGAGAUGCACUUUGACCAGAUCACAAUGGUGUGGUACUACCGCUCCUUGACACCCGUCAAGUUCAGCAUCGGUGGCGAAUACCUGCAGAUCACCGGCCUCAAGCAGCAGGAGUGGUUGCCCAACGUCUCUGUCCAUCUCAACGACGUCUUCCAUCUCUCUGACAUCGACGACGUGCGCUCCAUCUCGAUCCGAGGCGACGACAACACCUUCUUCCUCUCGUGCCGUAACGGCGCCAUGAACUUCGUCUUCAACAGCCGUGAACGCUCGGAGGUGGUGCAGGCGUUGCGACAGGCCAAGGCGCGAGUGUCCAAGUUCCGAGCCAACAACGCUGUGGAUCGUGUGCUUCGGCCCAACGAUGCGUUGCGACAGGCCAAGGCGCGAGUGUCCAAGUUCCGAGCCAACAACGCUGUGGAUCGUGUGCUUCGGCCCAACGAUGUACCGGGCACGCUGCUCAACAUGGCCAUGCUCAACAUCACCAGCGACGAUUCGGCGCUGCGGCUCAGCGCCUACAACCUGCUGUGUGCGCUGAGCACCUCGUUCAACUUUGGUGCCAGCAGCGCCAAGAAGCGGCUGUUGAGCUCGCGCGGCCUGGCGCUGCCUGCCAACACCAUGGCGUUUGUGACGGAUUUGAGCAAGGACUUUGCGGUGGCCGCGCCUGGCGUGACGCUCGAGUUCCUCCUCUCGUUCUUUGACGGGUUCGAGCGUGCGGCGCGCAGCCAGAAGACGGUGUGCUUGCACUACCUGUCUCCCUGGCUGUCGAACCUGGUCAUGUUUGUCCAUACGUCUCGCGAGCAGCAGGGCGAGUACCACCGCCGCAUCAAGGAGAUCCUCAACCAGCUCAUCAGCAUCACCACCAAGCAGCCCGACAUGUACGCCAUCAUGCAGCGCUGCGUGUGGUCGCAGCUCAGCCGGCUCGACGACCUCAUCCCGACCUUCUUGGACGUGUUUGCCGAGGCGGCCAUGGACUCGGGUCUGCACACGGAACGCUUCGAGGCGGUUCUGGAUACGAUGGUCUCGUUCGCCUCGAUCAAUCUGCGCGGCAAGCUGCUUUCGCGGCUUCGCAAGGUGAUCGCCAAGACGGCGCAGAACGCUGUGGUGUCGCAACUCCAUCUCAACGCGUCGUGGAAAGAGAUCGCAACACUGGUGCGCAUGAACAUGGUGCUCUCCUUCACCAACCGCGUCGAGGCGCUGCUCUACCUCCCCGAGCUGCUUCACGUGAUCCUCCUGCUGGCAGGCAACGGCACAGAUGCGACGCGACACGCGAUCUACGGAAGCGCCAUCAACCUCGUGCAUUCGCUCUGCACCGAAGACCAGCGCGAGGCACGCAAGCCGGAAGAGGCGACGCCGCGCAGCGCCGAGGCGGUGGCCAAGCUGCGUGCGCUGCUCGAGCGGCUCGCGGAACCGGAGGCGCUCAAGCUGUUUGGCCUUCCCGCCGCUUCGCAGGCGACAAGCGCCAAUGCGGCGUUCGGCGCCUCGACGGAGAUGGUGCGCGACCCGCCGGACAAUGCGUCGAUCGAGCGCCUGGCACUGCUCAUGUACGAGGUCGCCGACGCGGCGGCUCCGAGCGUGGAUGCGGCCAACAGCUGGCGCGCGCGACUGACGAGCCUGGUGACCAGCACAGCGUUCCAGUACAACCCGAUCAUCCAGUCGCGGGCGUUUGUGCUGCUCGGCUGCCUGGCGCAGGGCGAGAUCGACGACGACCUGCUGUACCAGAUCCUGGUGUCGCUGCGGGGCUCGAUCUCGGAGUGGGCGAGCAGCAGCUCAGACAUGCCGAUGAUCAGCAUCGUGACGUGCCUGAGCAAGGUGGUGCGCAUCCUUCCGACGCGCUCGCGCUAUCUGCCGCAGAUGAUCUGGUUGGGCGUGGCGAUGGUGCAGUGCGGGCAUGUGCCGCUGUUCAAGGCCGGAGCCGAACUGAUGCUCGCGACGGUCGAGACGAUUUGGCAGCGGGGCAUCCCGACGAGCGAGGGGUCGGAUCUGAUCGCAUAUCUGUUGGAUGCGCGCUUCGAGUUCCGCGAGCUGGCGUGCAAGCUGGACGACGAGACGGGGGUGGACUUUGACAUUAACUUUUCGUUUGGCAUGGCGGCGCUGUUGGUCAAGGGGUUGCGGCAUCCGUCGACCAAGGAGGUGACGACCAAGCUGAUGCGUGCCAUGCUGCGCCACUGCGGCGUGGACGCGUCGGGCGAGCGUUGUUCUAGCGAUGGGCGGAUUUCGGAGCGACAGCUCGGGUUCUUCGUUGGCUUGCUGCCGACGGCGACGCGGUUGGAAGAGUUUGGACAGCUGUUGGCGCUUGCCGGCGUGGAGCCUGAUGCAUGCUCAGCAGCGGUCGAAGCGCGUCGAUCUGGAUACAAAGGUCUGCAACAGUAUCUGGACGUUCUCAACAACCGCAUUGCGCUGUUGCUCGUCACGCUCGUCACGUCGUUACUGCAACAUGCCGAGUCUGACGCCGAGCGACUCAUGCUGUACGGAUUCCUGAACGAGGCCGCGCGCGAGAUGCCCGCCAUCGUCAGUAUUCUCUACGACAGUCUGGCGCCGAGCAUGAAGGACGUCUUUGUCAACUGUUCCAACGGCGCCAUCCUUGACGCCGUGCACGGCAUCGCACAGACGGCGCUGAGCCAGCCGUUCUUUGCCGCCCAGGCACGCGAAACCGCCAAGCGCGGCGGUCCCAACGCCUACCUCGUCGAAUCGGGCUACGGCAGUCUCCUCGGAUGCGGCGCGUUCGUCCCGCUCAUGGAGGGCCGCAGACACGUGCUGUGCAAACUUAGCAUCCAACUCGUCCUCGGCCUCACCGACGUAGGCACCACUUAG